AUGUCUCCGGAAUUCAACAGGGGGGACAUUAGAAUCUUGAGGGGGUACAUACCCCCAUCAGCUGUUCUUGUUGUCAUUAUCCAAGUCAUUGAGCAUCUUUUUGGUGUCAAAGAGCGGGGGAAUCUCGUCUACUGGUUCUGUGGGUACAACACAAGUUAUCAUGAGGAGGACCCAGUAGUCAACAUGUGGGGGUCGUCCAGAGUGCAUAUAGUGGCAGUUAAAGGACUCAAGGUGGUUAUUAGUGCGGAUGACUUCUUGCAUGGGAACUCCAAGACGUUCGGCAGCAAUGAGAACACCACCUGGAGACCAGGACAGCCAAAAGGAACAAAGCUUGAGGUAAUCAAAGAGAUAGCCAGAAAGGCUAGGCCAGCUUUGGAUUUUUUCCUCAAUACGUCGUCAUUCUGCCUGCUGAGUCCAUGA